AUGUUUUCCUCGCAAACUUUUAAAGUUCUCUUCUUGCUUCCCUGGCAGCUACUCAAUGUGACGUUGCAAUACUAUGCUUUAGGACGGGUCCGUCGAUUCAGACGCUACGGGAAAAACCUCCGUGGUUCGUUGUUGACCGUGGCAGCUCGAGCUGUUUUGUCACUCAAUAUAAGAGAUUGUGCUGUGUUUAAUAAUAAAACUGUGGGCACUGUAUUGAGGGAAGUGGCCGAGGCUCAACUUGAUCUUGUCAAGCACUUACCUAACUAUGGAAAGCGCUUCCUGGAGAAGGGCUACUGGCUCGUCGAGCAACCAAAUCGCGAGCCAGACGACUUGGUCCUUAUAUAUUGUCAUGGUGGAGGUUAUUUCCUCCAGAUAAAUUCUAUUCAUAUUGAAACAGUGUUGGCAGUCUACUGCCUUCUUUCUAAUCGGAGCCGUAUCUCUAUCUUAAUUUUGGACUACUCAUUGGCAAGUCACGGACAUACAUUCCCCACCCAGAUGGAGGAAUUGUACGACUUAUAUUAUACUGUGAAGAAAAGCUGCUCCAGAAUUGGUCUUUUGGGAGACUCUGCUGGAGGGAACUUGGCUGCUGGCUUUCCUCAAUUCUUGAGACUGAGAAGCGCUAGCGAGAAAGAUUAUCCUUUGAUAUUGGCAUUGGUAUCGCCUUGGCUUCUGAUUUUUCCUGACCCUGACCUGCUAGCUCGCAACUCAUCAUAUGUUGCCAAUGCAGACGGAGAUCUUGUUGCAUAUCUGGCAAUGACAGAUACUUCCAAGAGAUCGUUUAUUCUAGGUAAGGAGGAUCGCUUUAGCCUUAUCUGGUCACCUGCAACAAAAGUGCCGGCCACUACUGAAGAUUGGAAAUGUCUCCCAACUUUCAGUGAUCCAAGACGCAGGCUCUUCCUUCUAGCUGGAGAAGAUGAGACGUUGAGGGAUGACGCGAUUUGGUUUGCCAAGUAUGCAAUGGGCAUCGAUUGGCUGCCAGAAAACUACUCGAGAGAUCACAAGGAAUACUCCAAUGAUGAACUUGAGUUUAAAAGUGAAUGUGCACAAGCAUUUAUCCAGAGAUAUGGAGUUCACGAUGAGAUGAUGUCUUUUGAGAGGCCCUUAGAAUACGUUAGAGAGGGAAAGAGUGUUGAAGAGCUCGGAGAUGACUGCUAUGGAACGAAAAAGUUAGUUGAGUUUCUCGAUACAGUGAUUUAG